AUGGCAAAGGUUUUGUCACAGAGUUUCCUGUAACGUUCCUGUCUCACAUAAGCACAUCCCUCCAUUGCUUCUCCCUGCCCCUAUCUCCCCACCAGAGACCGAAUUCAUUCUUAGCUCCCUCCGUCAGCCGCCGGCCCCUCUCCGCAGCUUUGCAUAGGGAAGUCUUGCCUCUUUCUAUCCCCACCCCUAUACAGGAUUGAGGAAGUCGAGGCAGACUGGCAGACAGACAAUGAGGACAGAACUUUAAUAAAGAAAGCAACAGGCGCUGCUUUGGAACUUUGCAUCCUGACCAACAGGGCUGGAAGCGCCACCGGGCUAAUGAAUGCUGGUUGCUGUUCUCAUUUUCCUUGACCAGAUGCUGAUAUCAAACCUGCAGCCAGGUGACUGGUCCUGACCCGCUGGGCCACUCAAUGAUGUACUGGUGUGUUGGAGUUGAAGCAUGUGCUGGAAGCAGAGGUGGAAGCAUGGAUUCAUACAAUGGCUCUGGAGGUAUGGGGAACAAACAAACCCUGCCAGGGGAGUUGCCAGUGAAUCAGAGCCCAGUUAUAGCAGACAUACAGGCAGCAUAUUGCGAAGGGGACAAAGAGAGAGCACAGAAUCUAGUGAAAAGUGCCUGUGAGGAGAAUGUCCAGAAGCAUGAGAAGUACCAGUUUCUGAGACUAACAGCAGCCUAUGGAGAUCUUCCCUCUGUACGUUAUCUGCUUAAGGAAGCACAGGUAGUUUUACCAACUGAACCAAAUGAUGACAAUCCAGCAGUAAUGGCUUCGCAUUUUGGCCAUGUUGACACAGUAACAUUUUUACUGGAUUCUCUGCCAGAUCCCUGCAGUCCCAAGCCACUGCUGAACUGGAUGCUGGUAACUGCCUGUGAGCAGGGUCACUUGGCUCUGGUUAAACUUUUGGUACUAAGAUACAAUGCUGACCCAGACUGUUAUGCUACAAGAAACAAUGAGUUCCCUGUCCUCGGGAAAUUACCCCUUUAUGCCACCAUUAUGGCAGGACAUGAAGAAGUUGCUGCCUUUCUGCUUCAAAAUGGAGCUGGCUUUUGUUCGUACAUACUGAUGGACAACCCAGAGCUGAGCAAAGUUUUACUGAGAAGAAGUCUUACCACUGAGCCACUAGAACACAGUCAGCAGCAAGUAGCACAGGAGAUGGCUGUUUGUGUGAAGUGGUCUAGCCUUCGGCUGCCCUGGGUAGACAUUGACUGGUUUAUUGAUAUUUCCAACAAGAUAAGAGAGCUGGAUAUCUCUUCCAACUGCCUUGCCUCCCUUCCAUCUGUGGUUCCAUGGGGCCUUCUGAACCUGCAGAAACUGAACAUAAGUGACAAUCAGCUUUGUGACCUGCCCAGUGUACAGAGCUCUGAGGAAAUCAUCUGCUCAAAGUUACUUGAGGUUGAUGUCUCCAAUAAUAAGCUGACAUCACUUCCUUCUGCAUUCCUCCACCUGAGCCGGCUCCAGAGACUGUGUGCAUCAAAAAACUAUAUUGUUGAUCUCUUCAAAGAAGAUGGUACCAACUGGAUUGGUUUACGGAGGUUACAGGAUCUAGACUUGCCUGAUAAUAGGAUCACAGAACUGCCAGCCUCCAUCCUGCACUGCUUCAAAUCACUCAGGAAUCUAAAUGUAGCUGGAAACAAGCUGAAGGUGUUACCUGAACCCUGGUCAUGUCCACUUAAAUAUUGCAAGGCUUCAAAAAAUGCCAUUGAGGGUCUCCCAGAGAACCUGGCUCUUUUCUGGAGGAAUCAUUUGGUUGAAGUUGAUUUUUCUGAAAAUGCCAUAAAGGAAGUUCCAAAGUCUCUCUUCCAGUUGGAGUGCUUGCAGUCUCUGAAGCUCUCCGGGAAUCAACUGACCACACUGCCUUCUUCUGACACCUGGAACUGCACAAAUCUCAAGUGUCUAGAUCUGUCCAAGAACCAGCUGGGAAGAAAUGAGGAAGGCACUAGGACCAGACGUAUGCCAUUUUUUUACACUAAGAGCAGAACAAAGACAGGGACAGAUCCAGGUUCAGCAGUGGAAUUUCCAUUGUUUCUGAAGGAGUCACUGGAAGUUCUCUACCUAAAUGACAACCAGUUGGAGUCUGUACCUCCAUCAGUCUCUCAACUAAAGGGCCUUACAGAGCUCUACUUGGGAAACAAUCCAGGUAUACGAGAGCUUCCUGCAGAUUUGGGGCAGUUGUCUAGUCUGUGGCAACUGGACCUUGAGGAUCUGAACAUCACAAACCUGCCCGGGGAGAUCAGAAAGGAGGGGCCAGUUACUAUCCUGGCUUACCUGCGUGCUCAGCUGAGAAGGGCAGAACGAUGCCAUCUGGUUAAAAUGAUAAUUGUGGGACCCCCUCGGCAGGGCAAAUCUACCCUUUUUGAGGUUCUGCAGAGUGGGAAAGUGUCUCAGCAAAUGCAAGGGGACAACUCCAUAAGAACCACCUGCUGGGAGCUACAGAAGCCUGUGGGGACCACUGCAAAGGUUGAUUCUGUGCAGUUCCAUGUGUGGGACGUUGGAGGUUCGAAUGCAAUGUCCGCUGUGAACCAGUGCUUCUUCACUGACAAAGCCUUGUAUGUGGUAGUCUGGAACCUUGCUCUUGGCGAGGAGGCUGUUGCCAAUCUUCAGUUCUGGCUACUGAACAUAGAGGCAAAAGCUCCCAAUGCCGUUGUUCUGGUUGUAGGGACGCACCUUGACUUCAUAGAAACCAAAUUCCGGUUGGAGAGAAUUGCCACUCUUCGAGCUUAUGUUCUGGCAUUGUGUCGCUCCCCAUCUGGCUCCAGAGCAACUGGGUUCCCUGAUAUCACUUUCAAGCACUUACAUGAACUCUCUUGCAAAACAUUGGAGGGACUCGAUGGUCUGCGCCAGCUGAUAUUCCAUGCUGCCUGCAAUAUGAGGGAUGUAGGCAGUACCAUUGGAUCCCAAAAACUAGUGGGAAGGCUGAUCCCGAGAAGCUACCUGAACCUUCAGGAGGCUGUGGUAGCUGAGCAGCAGAGACGAGCUCAAGGGGAUGAGGUACAAUACCUGACUGAUGAGCAGAUAGAACAGAUUAUUGAACAGAGCCCUGGAAACGAUAUACGCGAUUAUGAAGACAUGCAGGCAGCGAUCGGUUUCUUGAUAGAAACUGGGACUUUGCUUCACUUUCCUGACACUAGCCAUGGCCUAAGAAACCUUUACUUCUUGGACCCUGUUUGGUUGUCAGAAUGUUUGGAGAGGAUUAUUAACAUUAAGAGCUCCAAGUCUGUGGCCCGGAAUGGGGUGAUUAAGGCAGAAGAUCUCAGAAUGCUGCUGGUUGGAACUGGAUUCACCAAACAGACUGAAGAGCAAUAUUUUCAGUUCCUGGCAAAGUUUGAGAUUGCUCUUCCUGUUGCCAAUAACAGUUACCUUUUGCCACAUUUGCUGCCGACAAAGCCCGGCCUGGACAUCCACAGCUUGCGGCAGCUUACUGGAAGCACAGUUCAGAGGUUGUUUAAGAUGAGCUUUGUUCCUGUUGGGUUCUGGCAGCGGUUCAUAGCUCGGAUGUUGAUCAGUCUGGCAGAAAUGGAUCUCCAGCUGUUUGAAAGCAAGAAAAACACCAAGACAAAAAACAGGAAAUCUGCAAUUUACAGCUUCACUGGGUAUCAGAGGAACCGAUGUAGCACCUUCCGAGUGAAGAGGAAUCAGACCAUUUACUGGCAGGAAGGCCUAAUGGUCACCUUUGAAGGGGGUUACCUCAGUGUUGAGUCAUCAGACAUUAACUGGAAGAAGAAGAAGAAUGGUGGGAUUAAAAUAAUUUGCCAGUCUGAGCUGAGAGAUUUCUCUGCUAUGGCAUUUAUCACAGACCAUGUGAACUCUCUCAUAGAUCAGUGGUUCCCAGCCCUUACAGCCACAGAGAGUGAUGGCACUUUACUGAUGGAGCAAUGUGUGCCCUGCCACUGCUGUACCACAGUCGCUAGUGAUCAAGAGAAGAAAAAUAAUGAGAAUACCCCACAUUACUUUAAUAUGGAAGACUGCGUCCUAGCAGCUGUUGAGAAGGAUUAUUUGGAAUGCCCGAACCACCCAGAACAUGCAGUGCCACUGCAGGAACUGGUCCCAGAAAUUUUCAUGACUGACUUUCCUUCAAGGCUUUUCCUUGACAUCAAUGACUUAGAAUACUCACAGGAGAGCUCCAACAUUCUGGGUCAGGGAGGAAGUGGCACAGUGAUAUACCGAGCUGAAUAUAAGCACAAGCCUGUGGCUGUGAAGAUGUUUCAGGUUUCUAAGUGUCGGGCAUCUCCAGAGGUCAUGCAAGACACCAUGUUCAAGCACUUGCAGGCAAUGGACGCCAUGAGAAACUUCUCGGAAUUCCGUCAGGAGGCCAGCAUGCUCCAUACUCUGCAGCACCCCUGCAUUGUCUCCCUGAUUGGCAUCAGCAUCCAUCCACUGUGCUUUGCCCUGGAGCUGGCACCUUUGGGGAGCCUCAACACAGUGCUGGCAGGAACAGCCCAAGAUGCAAGUUCAUUCAUGCCUCUUGGUCACAUGCUCACUCAGCGUAUUUCCUAUCAAAUUGCAUCUGGGCUGUCCUACCUGCAUAAAAAGAAUAUAAUAUUUUGUGACCUGAAAUCAGAUAACAUCCUGGUUUGGUCCCUGGAUGUCAAGGAAGCUGUGAUAAUCAAACUCUCAGACUAUGGCAUUUCGCGGCUGUCAUUCCAUGAGGGAGCCCUGGGUGUGGAAGGCACCCCAGGAUAUCAAGCACCCGAAAUCCGUCCUCGGAUUGUGUAUGAUGAAAAGGUGGAUAUGUUUUCAUAUGGUAUGGUCCUGUAUGAGCUAUUGUCAGGCCAGAGACCAUCUUUGGGCCAGCACCAGCUGCAGAUUUCCAAGAAACUGUCCAAGGGGAUUCGUCCAGUUCUUGGACGCCCAGAGGAAGUUCACUUCCAUCAUCUGCAGGACCUGAUGAUGGAAUGUUGGGACACGAAGCCUGAAAAGCGGCCUUUAGCUUCAUCAGUUGUCCAUCGUAUGAAUGACCCCAGCUUCACAGUUUUUAAGUACCAGUUGUCUUGUGGGAUACAGGAAUCAUUCUGCUCAUCCAGAGAACCAGAGAGCACAGUUGUAUUCUGGGUAGGAACAGGGACAUCAAGGAAUUAUACCGUGGUUGAUGUUGAGAAAGGGCAGGUGGAAGUGCAGACUCUGAGCUGCCCCGGGAUGAGAAUGUCUUGCCAGCAAAGGGUACAGAAUACACUUUGGAUUGCAACAGAGGAUCAGAAGAUAUCUAUCUUUAGUCUGCAGGGCAUGUGCCCCCUAAGUGUCGCACUAAAGGUGAUAGACACCCCUGCCAUUGUGACCUGCUUCCUUGUAGCGAAUAUGGAAAAGGGGAACUGCCUGGUAUUUGCUGGCCUUUCAGACAGCCUGAUUUCAGUGUUCCCAGUAAGUGGUGGCAUCCCAGGCAGUGAUUGCUCCUACAUCUGUUCCCGCACAGCUAAUCGCUCCAUGUUCAAGAUAACAGAUGAUGACCCACGUCAGAAACCUCACCCAGUGUUGGCCAUGGAGAUCUGCAAUAAAUGUUCUGAGGUCUGGUAUGGCAAUGGACCUGGUGUCCUUGUAGUGGACUGUACCUCUCUUGAGAUUUCAAAAAGACUGGAACCCUUUAGUGCACCAUCAUCCAUCAUCUCCAUGGUUACAAGCACAGACACUAACAGAGAGGAGACUGUUUGGUUAUUGGAUGAUAUGACCAAUUUUCUGGUCAUGUAUAAUGCUGCAGCCUACCAACUCUGUGCCCGAUACUUCUGUGGUGAUAGCAGUCCUCUAAGGGAUAUGUUUACAGUAAAGCCUUGUUCAGAUGUGGUUCCUGUUGCAUUGCCAGUUACAAACUGUAAUAGCCCCCGCUCAGCAAACGUCAGCAUCAUCUACAGCCUAGAACGUGGUAUGCAAGUUCUCAGCCACCAAGACUCUCUUACCGAUUAUUGCUCUGUGUCAUCCUUCUAUUCUUCCAUUCCUCAGGGGACUGCUAAGUCCUCCUCCAGUUUGCCAAGCACUCCGGUCAGCUACAGUAGUGCCCCAUUUUCCACAGAUAGUGAGGAUCCAGACCCAGCCCAAGAACUUAUACACAAAAUUUCUAGUGAGAGCUGGGGGGGCAGAACACCUCUUUCAGAGGAGGAAAAACUCAAUGUGCAGGCUGUUGGGAUUGUAGUCGUCAAAGAUUUGCUCUGGGUUCCGAGGCGCGGAGGGGACAUUAUUAUCAUUGGACUGGAGAAGGAGUGUGGUGGACAAAGAGGUCGUGUCAUUGCUGUGUUACAAACUGGCCUAGUAGAAAAUCAAGGGGUCCAUCUCCACGCUGCUGCUCUUUGCAAGGAUUCGGUUGUGUGCUGCUUGCAGAGUGAGACACUAGGGUGCUGCUUGUCCGUCUGGAGGAAUUGGGGAUCAGAGGAGUUUAACAUUUUUUAUCAUGCCUCUGAUGAACUUAGAAGGCUGGAAAACUGCAUGAGGAAAAGGAGGUAGCAUUAGCAGCACCUGGACUUUUAGAAUGUGGUCUGGACCUAGCCCUUCUUUGCGGAUUUUUCUUUACUUAUAUACCAGAAGAUUCCCUCUAAAGGGAAAUGGGAAAUCUUGUGGAUGAAAAGAGCUAAAUCCUAGAAAUUUAGAAUGCUUAUGUAUCCCUCAUAAGAUUGUUUACUGGCAAAUCCAGUACCUAAUCCUAACACUGGGGGGAGCACUCCUGCUUGCUCACUUUUUCAUAGGUAGAAGAGCACUUUCUGCAAGCUGCCACUUUCUCAGUGAUGGAAGGAGCCUUAGUGCUCUAUUACAUGCUUGUAUUACCUAGGGUCACUAACUAAGGAGCAUUGCAAUGAGAACACUACAGAUACAUACUGUAUAAAAUAUACAUCCAAACAGUACCAAGCUUCUUUACUAUUCAGGGGUGAGGUACAACAAGGAAACCCAUAAUCCACCUCUUGGCUGCUGGCAAUAACAUCUUCCACCCUGUAUUACUUUACAUAGCCAUUAUACAUUUUGUUUUAAAAAAGCCAUUCAGAAUCUCUGUUACACCAUCUGAAUGUGACAUCUUUAUGUUCCAUUAAUUGCUUUAUUGUAGCUCUAUUCUGCAGCUUGUGUUUUCCCUACACGGUAUUCUCUGCGUCCCUGAUGCACUGCCUUUACUCUGAGUUAUACAGGCAACCAGCACCUAAGCACAAAAUGCAUAAAUAUGCAAACACAUUUUUAGGCUGGGGUGGGCUAUUUGUAAUGUAUUACUACUUUUGUACAAUAAAUAUGGAAUAUAUAUAUAUAUAUAUAUGUGUGUGCAAUAAAGGCCCAAAACAUGAA